CGCAACUUCAUCUCACCCCCCCUCGCGUGCUUCCACCUGCUUCUGCUCAUCGUAAUGGCCCGAUAGCCUCUCGCUGGCCUCUUACAUCUCGAACGAAGAGGCCAGCAUAUUCUUGCGGCUCCUCGUCCAUCCAAAAUGGGCUUCAAAACGCCACUUUCCAACCGUUUCGCGCAGCUGCUGAUUCUUGCUGCCUGCCUGAUCCUCGCCAUCUGGCUGCUCGCGCCAACAACGCGUUUGACGCCGCACAUCGACCUUCCCACUGGCAUCUCUUGGUCAAGACCAAAGCCUGUCGACGCCGAGGCUGCGAGCGGGCCUCCGGACGUGUCACCUACCGUGCACCACCCUAUCGACACCCUCAUCCAGAGCGCCACCCUCGAGUUCAACAGUCUUCUCUCGAAAGAGACCCUCACCCUCCAUGAAGCCGCAGAGGCCUACCGCAAGCGCCGUGGCCGCCAGCCACCACCCCUCUUCGACAAAUGGUUCGAGUUUGCCCAGAACAGCUCGGCGGUCAUCGUGGAGGACUUCUUCGAUCGCAUCUAUCAUGACCUCAACCCCUUCUGGGGCAUGCCGGCGAAAGAGAUACGAGAGAUUGCGCACACUUUCAAGGGCCGCAUAUCAAUAAGAGACGGCGCCGUCAACUGGUGGACGGCCAAUCAGCAGCCGGAAUGGCUGAGGCAAUGGUCGAAAAUGAUCACUCCUUUCGCGUCGAAUCUGCCGGAUGUCGACAUGCCCAUCAACGAGAUGGACGAGUCGCGGAUGGUCGUCGAGUGGGCAACCAUCAAUGAGCACAUGAAACGGGCGGAGAAAACGAAGCGCAUGGUCUCCCAGGCGGAGCUGAAGAAUAAAUAUCAAAGCCUGUCGUACCUCGACGCCAAUCCCCCCGCUCCAUACGAUCCCAAAUUCGCCCGCACCGGCUUGUACUGGGAGAAGGCGGUGGUUGGAUGCGCGCCAGGCAGCCCGGCGAGGAAGAUGAAACUCGACACUGAUUUCGCAUCUCCGCCUCAUUUCGCGGGCAAAUACCCCCCCGCCUCCUACGAGGGCUAUGUGCGAAACUGGACCCUCACAAUGUCCCCUUGUGACAAUCCGCAUCUCCAAGCACUGCACGGGACCUUUAUCGAGCCGCUUUCCAUGCAGCACACGAGGCAGUUCUGGCCACUGUUUGGCGGAAGCAAGCUCCCCAUGAACAACGAGAUUCUGCUGCCGGCUGCGAUGUAUUGGACCGACGAUCCCUUCUACUCCGGUGGCCAAGACCACGGGGAAGCGUGGAGAUUGAAAAAGGACAAGCUCGUCUGGCGAGGAGCUGCGUCUGGCGGCCGCAAUAAGGCGGACAACUGGCGGCGUUUCCAACGCCACCGAUUCGUGAGCAUGGUCAACGGCACAACUGUCCGGGAAGCAGAGCUCAACGCGGACGAGCCGCCGCAGAACUUCGUGUUGCCAGCCAAGAACUCCUACCGCCUUGCUGCCAUGGCGUCCGAUUCCAAGCCGGGCGAUUUGGGCGAAUGGAUCGGCUCGUGGUCGGACGCGGCCUUUGUGCACCUUCUCUGCUUCCCGAAGCCGCCGCCGGAGCAUAAGCGCAUGUGCGAAUACACCGACCCCUACUUCCACGUGGUCGACCGGCUCGCCAUGGCCGACCAGUACGACUUCAAGUACCUCCCCGACAUCGACGGCAACUCGUUUUCCGGCCGCUACCGCGGCUUCGUCGGCAGCACAUCCCUCCCCAUCAAAGCCACCAUCUACCAAGAGUGGCACGACAGCCGACUCGUGCCGUGGAAGCAUUUCGUGCCCAUGGACAACACGUUCAUCGACAUCUACGGUAUCAUGGAGUAUUUUAUUGGAAACCACGGCGCGGGCGUUGCCGGGCACGACAACGAGGCCAGGGAGAUUGCGCUGGGGGGCAAGAAGUGGGCGGAGCGGGUGUUGAGACAUGAGGACAUGCAAAUCUACGUCUUCCGCCUGCUGCUAGAGUAUGCGCGGUUGUGCGAUGAUGACCGCGAGGUGAUGGGAUGGAAGGAGUAGCGAUACCCAUGGGCGUGGAUUUGAUCGUCGGCGUAUCUUGGAGUUUAGGUAGGGUUUAAUCGAAUUGUUCUGUAACUUCUAGCGUGUGAUCGGCCAUAUCAAUGCAAAGAGAUACCGUUGGAAAGUCGCUGUGCAAUGCUGGUCUGUAUCGAACGGUGCUGAGUGUGGCGUCCGGCGUGGCUGGUGCACGGCAAAGACAGGGUCCAUCCAGCGCUUGCCUUCAUCAAAUUAUCAUCUCAAGUUUUUUGAACAACCCAAC